UAAUUUGCAUAUUCUCAUCUGACCGCCAAAUUCAUAAGAAGAAUGUGUUCACGGCCCGGCAUCGGCGUUGGCGUGUUUAUCACAAGCCGUGAUCACCCGCACUGCGUGUUAGUCGGCAAGAGGAAGGGGUCGACAGGCAGCGGCCAAUGGGCUACACCAGGGGGACACUUGGAGUUCGGGGAGGAAUGGGAUGAAUGUGCAGCAAGGGAGUCCAUGGAAGAAACAGGACUAGCACUCAAAAACAUCUGCUUUGCUACUGUUGUGAAUGCCAUUGUAUUGGAGGAGAAAUAUCACUACGUUACAAUUUUCAUGAAAGCUGAAGUAGAUUCUGAUAAAGGACCAGCAGAGCCUAUGAACUGUGAGCCAGACAAAUGCGAGGGUUGGGAAUGGUUUAACUGGGACUCAAGUUCAUUCCCAUCUCCCUUAUUUAAACCCCUUAAAGUUGCAAGACAGCAAAAUUACAAUCCAUUAGAGAAUGUUUAGUACACCACAAGGCAAUCUAUAUAGUGGAGAUAGUUUAACCUAAUCUACCUUAGUCAUGGCUGGCCUUAUUCAGAGCAAGAUUGGUUCGAUGAAUUUAAAAAUUUUUAACAAAAUAAAUACAUUUGUAAUGUACAUUUACAAAUGGAGCUAUUUUGAUGACCAGAUUAAAAUCUUUAAUUCGCGCUUCCUUUUAUGGCAGUGAGGCUGGUACUGUACUAUUCACACUGUAAUCAGAUAUUGUCUUUUAUGUUCCAGCUAGUGCUAGCGAACGGACUUUGAGUAAACGCGUCUAUAUAUUAUAGUCUGUUUUCCCCUCCCACCCUCCCACCCUAACAGUGCGCUGAGAAGUCUAUUGGUUGUUUCAGUACAGCUUUCACCAUUUUUAGUGUAUUAUCUUUCAAUAAACUUCUCAUUGUGCCAAACUCAUGCUUAUGUUGUCUAGUAUUUUUACUGCGAGAAUUUGUGAAGUGUAAAUAAAUCGUAGUGAAUGGCUUAAAAAAA